UCCGCUUUCAAUCCCCUCCCUCCAACCACUAUUCUAUUUCACUUUCAUGCUCCUCCCACUCCCUCUCUUAGCCUCAUUUUCAGACUGUCUCUCUCCCUUAGCUCCGCUUUCAAUCCCCUCCCUCCAACCACUAUUCUAUUUCACUUUCAUGCUCCUCCCACUCCCUCUCUUAGCCUCAUUUUCAGACUGUCUCUCUCCCUUAGCUCCGCUUUCAAUCUCCUCCCUCCAACCACUAUUCUAUUUCACUUUCAUGCUCCUCCCACUCCCUCUCUUAGCCUCAUUUUCAGUUUUUCUCUUUCUUGGCCUUCUCAGCCGCACUUGCAGACCGUCUCUACCUGCCGCUUCCCUCCUCGGUGGCGCAGGCGCGGGCGCAGGCGCUCUUCCCCCCGCGAGCACGCGCCCCGCCGGUCACAUGACAGUCCCGCGGUCCCGCCUCCCACGCUUCACGUGACCACGCUAGGGGAGAAAACGCCUGCUCCGAGCCUCCUCUCGGAGCUGCGCGUCUCUCUGCUGGCUGUCCCCCUUGCCCAAGCCCCGAGUCCGCCCCUGAUCUCCUCCGCCUCGCCCCCCGCCACACUCGGCUCCCUGCGGACCCGGAGAUGCCGCUCCGGGCCGUCCCCGCGUCAGGGCGCCCCCGGCGGGGCGGCGUUCUCCGGAGCCCGACCGCGCCGGGGCUGCGGCUGCUGCUGCUGGGCGCGUGUCUGUGCGCCUGGCCCCGGGGCUCGGAGGCGGCAGGCGCCCGCCGGCCCAAUGUGGUCCUGAUUCUCACCGACGACCAGGAUGACCUGCUUGGCGGCAUGACUCCACUAAAGAAAACCAAGGCCCUCAUUGCAGACAUGGGAAUGAGUUUCUCUAGUGCUUAUGUUCCAAGUCCCCUUUGCUGCCCCAGCAGAGCCAGCAUUCUUACAGGGAAGUACCCACAUAAUCAUCAUGUUGUUAACAACACGUUGGAAGGAAACUGUAGCAGUAAGUUAUGGCAGAAGAUUCAAGAACCAUAUACCUUCCCAGCAAUCCUCAGGUCCAUGUGUGGUUAUCAGACCUUUUUUGCUGGGAAGUACUUGAAUGAGUAUGGAGCCCUGGAUGCUGGAGGAGUAGAACAUGUGCCUCCAGGAUGGAGUUAUUGGUAUGCAUUGGAGAAGAAUUCUAAGUACUACAAUUAUACUCUUUCAGUCAAUGGGAAGGCACGGAAGCAUGGUGAAAACUACAGUCUGGAUUACCUGACAGAUGUGCUGGCUAAUGUCUCUUUAGAUUUCCUGGACUACAAGUCAAACUCUGAGCCUUUCUUCAUGAUGAUUUCUACUCCAGCACCUCAUUCUCCUUGGAUUGCUGCUCCCCAAUAUCAAAAGAGCUUCCAAAAUGUCAGUGCGCCAAGAAAUAGUAAUUUUAACAUUCAUGGAAAGAACAAGCAUUGGCUAAUUAGGCAAGCCAAGACCCCAAUGACUAAUUCUUCAAUACAGUUUUUAGAUGAAGCAUUUAGGAAAAGAUGGCAGACUCUGCUGUCAGUUGAUGACCUGGUAGAGAAAUUGAUAAGAAGGCUGGAUUUUCAUGGGGAGCUAAAUAACACCUUCAUUUUUUAUACAUCAGACAAUGGCUAUCACACAGGGCAGUUCUCCUUGCCUAUUGAUAAACGGCAGCUGUAUGAAUUUGAUAUCAAAGUUCCAUUGCUGGUUCGAGGGCCUGGGAUCAAAGCAAAUCAGACAAAUCAGAUGCUCAUUGCCAACAUUGACUUGGGUCCCACUAUUUUAGACAUUGCAGGCUAUGACUUGAACAAAACUCAAAUGGAUGGAAGGUCCCUGUUGCCCCUCAUGAGAGGAACCAGUAAUGUAACUUGGAGAUCAGAUGUCCUGGUGGAAUAUCAAGGAGAAGGAUAUAAUGGCUCUGACCCAACUUGUCCUGCUAUGGGCCCUGGAGUCAGUCAAUGUUUUCCAGACUGUGUGUGUGAAGAUGCUUAUAAUAACACAUAUGCUUGUGUGAGGACAAUGUCAAAGUCAUGGAAUUUGCAGUAUUGUGAAUUUGAUGAUCAAGAGGUGUUUGUGGAAGUUUAUAAUCUGACUGCUGAUCCACAUCAAAUUGACAACAUUGCUAAGACUAUAGAUCCAGAACUUUUAGGGAAGAUGAAUUAUCGGCUAAUGAUGUUGCAAUCUUGUUCUGGACCAACAUGCCGUACUCCAGGGGUUUUUGAUCCAGGGUAUAGGUUUGACCCACGUCUCAUGUUCAGCAGUCAAGUUGGCAGUAUCAGGACUCGAAGGUUUUUAAAACCAUCUCUGUAGUAACUUUUCCUAACCUAUGCAGUUGGAUUCCUGCAUUUUCCUCCGGAGUGAUUAUAGUAGGUAUCUCUCCAAAUCGUCGAGACCAUGCCUGGAGCUUCAAGACUGACUUCUCAUUUUAAAUCCUAUUUGGAUAAAAACCUAAUCAGCUUACUUCCUUGUGCAAUAUGUUUUAAAAACUGUGAACUUCCACCACAGUCAGAGGUGGCCAAUCUGUGAUUCAUUUACUCAGUGUAUUGAGGUUUUUUGUAUACCUUUAUGAACCUAGAGUUCCUGGUGGUAACCUGUGGUUCUGUAUCUGAAUAACAACUGAAGAAUGAGUUUACAAAUGAAUUUAGAUAAAUAUUUCAAUUUUUUUGCCCUUGUUGGUAUAAAAGUUAACCUGCACAUCCCUCUUGCAGUAUUUCAUAUUUUUAGCAUUUUCAUAUCAAAAAUGCCAACAUAAAAUUCUAAUCACCAUACUAUGACUCAUGAUCUGAACUGAACAAGUGCCAUAGUCUUUUGACUAAGCAAUAUCACUAACUCGUGUCACGAGUGUGGCAGCAUCCUAGACUUCAUAGACUAAUCCCUUCUUGUCUUUUUUUUUGGGGGGGGAAGGGAGGAGUUGUUUUUAAUACAGGACUAAUACUUUAGACAUCCUCCCUGAAAAAGCAGAUUAUUUUAAUUCAGCAGCAAGUUUUCAUACAAAAAACAAUAAUAAUAAUAAUAAUUCCACAUAGCUGGUAUUUUAAAGGUGACCUCUCAAGCUGCUGGUAAGUAAAACAAGUGCUGCUAUAUUAUGACUAACAGUUCCUGUUGGUGCCCAGAAACAGCUGUUUUCCCCAGAAACACAUAUUUCCCUAUGAUAUUGAGAAGUGACUCAUAGUAGAGCAUUGAUGAGAGCUCUAUGAGCAACUGCUAUAGAAAGCUUAGUCUUAGGCCGACAGAUUGAGUACUACCUUCCUACUAAAUACCUGUCAAGUAGUUUAGUUUUUAAGCCAGUCUUGAUUUUUUGACUCCUCUACAUCAAUUUGCAGGCAAAAUUGUUUUUCACAUCUAGCAAGAAACCAAACAGGUUCCCAUUGCCCACUUUUCCUCUUUCUUAUAAACAGUUCUGCCCCUUUCUUCUGUAAAAUCAUUAAAUACUUUAGAAUUGUCAGAUUUUCAGUGGUUUAAUCCUGCUGUAUAUGUUGAAGAAAGACUAAUGUUUUAGCCUGUCUCACCAAUGAGAAAAACUUGUUAUGUUUCCCACCUUGUGGGAUCUUAAAACUAUGCAGUAUUGAUAUCCAACUUAAUUUUUGCAAUAUAAAACCACAUUAUGGGAGGGGCAGACAGAGGAAAAUAUGUGGUUUGUAAUGAACUGACUUCUCAGAGCAAAAAAAAAAAAAAUGACUUAACUUGAUUUAGGGUUGUACAUGAAAUUUUAAGGAUCUUGUUUUUUCAUCAGUAGUGAGUAAACAAUUCUGAGUUAAUAGUCAUAAGAUUUAUCCUUUUACAUGAUUCCUGUUUCAUGUGGUAUUCUUGAUUUAGAUAUGUAAUUCAAUUAACCUCUACAUAUUAUACCAUAAUGACAGGAGGAGAGGUAUAGAGUUAGUGUUGAGGAAUAAUUCUUAAAAUUGAAAUGGCACAAGACAAACCAGAAUGUCUAGUUAUCAGGGUUGACUUUUUUGUUCUUUUCCUUGUUUGAUUCUUUGCAAGGAUAAACUAACAUGUAAGCAAAUUGAUUCUCAUCUAACACAAUAUACUUACUAAUAAAAGUAAAUUCUCAUUUUUCCUGAGUAAAAAGAAAUGUAUUUUCCCAUUUAGUCAUUGAUAAAAUCUUACUCGAGUUUCCAAGUAUAGGCACUUACCACACAAAAUAUAAAAAACCAAAAAAAGCCAAUUGCCAAGGGUGUUAUUGUGCCCCCCCCCUUUUUUUUUUUUUUUUUUGGUAGAAUUGACAGUUCUAAAACCUGGUCCCAUUUCCAGGUAAAACAUACAUUUGAUCUCCCACAGGUAGUUUAUUCUCUACUACUUGUUGACCCUCCACGUUGUGGCUGAAGUAUUUGUGCUACUUUUUCUUAAGAUGAUUGUCCUUUCUAUGUACCUUUUAUUACCCAAGAGCCAUGUAACUGUUAAGAUAGAGGCCUUCCUUAUGAACCUUCCUUUAAGAAGCUUUCUCUCACCUUCAAGUCAUCUGUCAGAUUCAAAUAUUAUACAAAUUUGCUUAGGACUGCAAAACAUCAGAUUUUGGAAAUGGCAAGAGAAUCUUGGCAGUGUGUGUUACUUAGCAUGUGAAAGACAAAAACUUAACUUCCUUUAAUGGUAUGUACUUGUCACAUUUUAGGGUUGGGACCUUUAAGGGGGGAAGGGCAUCCCAAAUCUACAUGAGGAGAAAACUAAGGCUUUAACACCACUUUACUAGAAUUUAUGCUGGAAGGCAAUCUCAGUUAACCAUACAACCAAAGCAGAUGCUCAUUUUUUGUACUUUUGGUUAUAAAGCUACUGAGUUCCUGCCAUAUUGUUUGAACUUCUGUCUUGUUGACCAUACCCCUGCUUUGUUGUAUCCUUUCAUAUGAUUUAGAAAGUGCCCUUCCAAGGACCCUGUUCACUGCUGCACUUUUCAAUGAAUUAAACUGUCUAAUGGAAAAUGUUA